CCCUCGCCACCCCCGUGUCUCUUUCCCUCUUUCUGGAUAUUGUAUAGAGAACGUUAUGCUAAAGUAUGCAUGCACGAGGGUCGGUCCAAUGGUCAGGAAUCUCGCGAGUUCGUUCGUUCUACGGCGGCACGUAUCCGGACCCGGUACUCGUUUCUCCUUGACUCCGGUAUUCGCGGAUCGCGGCGACGUCACGUCCUUUAUCGCAUUAUCGCCGUCGUCGUCGUCCUCGUCUUCUUCUUCUUCUUCUUCUUCUUCUUCUUCUUCGUCUACUACAUCGUUAUCGUCAUCGUCGUCGUCGUCGUCGUCAUGAGUGUGGCGGGGGAGGCGGCGCUAAGCCGCGACGCGCGUGCACUUCCGGUCGAUCGGUAAGGUGGAGAUCGGCCCGGCCUUGCGGCAACGAGAGGGGGCUUCUGGCGGGGGAUGAUUCCAGCGUAAUGACGAUCGGCCCGAAUUGUUGCGAUGGAAUAUGGGAUCUGGAGUCUUCACGUCGCGGGUGAACUUUGGGGUGACCCGCGUCUCGCCCGAAGGCAUCCGAUUCUGCCUCCCGGUGCGACGCAGAUCCUGCCGAGGGCCGCCUUCGCUCUGAGCGCCCUUCAUCGGCCGGAUACGCUGCCGCUGCCGUUGACGGCGGCGGGGCCGCCCUACGUCCCCAUGGAACUGGUCACGAAACCGGCAUCGGUCGCGUCCACCAAUGCCGAGGACGCCGAGGACGGUGAGAAGAGUACGAACGCUGAAGAUGAGGACUCUCAGCAGCGCGACGACAACGAAGGCAACAUCGAAAAAACCGAUCAAAACGAAAAUCAGACCUGCGUGCCAACCGAAAACAACGACAACGAAGAUGCUGGCGACGAGAGCGAUACUGGUAGCACCAAUAGCUCGCACCGAUCAGCCAACAACAAUCUAUCGAUCGCGAAGCUUCCCGAUCCGAUGUCGUGCUUGGCCCUCGACAAGGAAGGAACGGUGACACCAGUCCUCAAUGGGUGGGUGUUGGGCGCUUACACGGCGAUGCUGGGCAGGCUGUCGGCCGCCACUGCAGCACUCGAGGCAACGGAAGUUCUCAAUAUUCCCUCCGACAGCGACUCCGAGAGCGAGCACUCCUCCUAUACUGAAAAAUCGAGAGGCAGCAGCCCAAACGUGAAUAGCAUUCACGGCGGCUACUCGUGCGGCUCGUGCGACGUAAUGGCGCCGACGAGACCGGCCCUGAGGAAGCACAUAGCCGAUUGCCAUCCGGCACUAUCCGGCACGGAGACCGGCGAGACCAAGAGGUGUCCGUCCACGGGCUGCGACUUCACGACGAGCAGCAGGUGCGAGAUGGAGACCCACGUGGCGGCGCACGUGGCCCAGGGGAUGACUCCUACGGGGAAGAAGCGCUCGCUGGCCUUGCAACGCGUCAGGUAUAGAUACGAGAGAGAGGAGUAUCGGUGCUCGCUGUGCUCUUACGCGUGCACGAUCGAAAAGGCGUUCCAGAGACAUUUGCGGGCCCACGCGAGGGGCACCGCACCGGAGACUAGGGUGAGCUGCGCCGUCUGCGGCGCCGACCGAUCCUCCGAGGUCGAUCUCAGCAGGCACAUGCGGAGGCAUCGCGAUGACCGGUACUUUUGCUGCGACAUCUGCAUCUUUCGCACGGUGCAAUUGAAAAAACUGAUACAGCAUCGGCGCAUGCACACGGGCGAGAAGCCGCAUCUGUGUCCGCACUGCGCUUAUCGAAGCGCGCGUCGUGACAAUCUGCGCAGCCACGUACGACGAGUACACAAGAAGGAGAACCUAUACUGCGACACCUUCAGCCCGCGCGGCAUGCUGAUAACCCCCUCGCUGCUGGCCUCCUCGAGAGACAUCGCCGAGAAUGCCGAUCCGACGCAGAGUCCGGCGUCCUCGCCGUCCUCGAAUCCGGACGCGACCAACUAGCGAAGAUGCUCCCGGAAAACGCGGAGGAAAACAGCAGCCCGAUCGGGAGAUUCGCGGAGGAAGAGAACCGCGAUUCGCAGGCUCUUUAUACGUCCUCAUUUUGUCAAUACUGCGAUCUAGAUAUUAGAAUUCACAGGGAAGGCUUGUACACAAGUGCUGAAUUCGGUAGACGAUCGAAGAAGAAUCGCAAUCGAAAAUUAAGCCCAAGAUCGAGGCAAAUCGACUCUGUUUGAAAUUUUGCGAAAAAGUAACGAUUCGAGAGGUAAAAUAAAAAGAGUAAACAACUAGUAGAAGUAAUUUGAUCAAUAGCAGAAAUGUCGAUCGAGCAGAAAGGAUCUAACGAAACGCGAUUGUUCUCCAAAUCAGCCCCGACAAGGCUUCCCCUCUUAGGCGCUAGGAAACGUAUAGAUUAUUGCAUGCGAACAUCGAUAAUUUAAUGUAAUCUUUGAAUUCUAACGAGAUCUUGUAUUAACUAUAUAAACGUCCAGGUGUUAUAUCGCGUAGCCGAUUCGACAAAGUAUGACGAUAUCGGCUGUCCGCCCGUUCGAUCGGUGAUGGCGAACGGGGAAAGCUGCAUGAUGGUGCUAGAAUUGUAGACUGGAUCACACGGAGAAAGACUGAAAGUAGAAACGAAUUCACGGCGAGACGUGAUGUCGAUCGUUUUUUACGUUCCUCCGCACCGAUCGCCGUGACUAAAAAAAUAAAAAAAAAAAAGAGAGAAUUGAAAGAAAUUGCAAUUCAGCAAAGUUUAAGACUGCAACUCUAUACUGUUCCGAGGAUUCUCGUUUGUUGAAUGUCGUGACGUUUUAUUGCUUCUCAUUAACUAAUUAUAAACUCGAUUCGAUUUUAAUAUUAAUUUUAAUUC